AUGGCCUGCCCAAAACACCUCGAGCAGAGCAUCGCUACUUCCCUGCGCCAACACUUGAGUGUUGGGAAGGACAGCGCCACGUCGAACGAGCUCCAGACUGCUUUCGAGCUGAGUCAGGAGUUCAGUCGUACAAAGUUCGACAUCCUGGACCAAGCUUCUGACCUGGGCCUCGAG